GUUCCCCCCUCGCUGUUAUACUUACCUUCCCAAGCCGCCUUUUUCCAUGAGUUUGGCGCGUACUGUGCAUAUACGUGCGUACAGUGUGUGCUUUCUGCACACUGUGCAUGUGCAUGCAGCACACAUUCGGUGCGCACUGCACAUGCACACGUAUGUAUCACACAUUUGGCGCGCACCGCGCAUGUGCGGCCAGCAAACCAGUGGCAAACCAGUUCAGAUUUCACCACUGAUCAAAAGGUCUAUUGGUCAACCUCAGGUGCUACCAGACUCUUGAACCCUUAGUAUAGUGCAAGUUAAAAGCUAGAAAAUAAUAGUGUAACGUGGACCCGUUCAGAGCAUAUAAAGGGCAAGCUUGCAGAGGCAACAAGAUUUAAGUCAGCAUGACUUCCUGCCAGCUCUGGAUAGGAAGAGAAUAUGAUAAAGCAGUUCUCUAUGUGUGUGUGUUGGGGGGGGGUCUUAACCAUGAAGCUUUCUUGGGGAAAGAGGCGGUCUCUCAGUUACAUCUACUUCCCUUAUUGUGAAGGUCCAAAACAGAACAUACGCUAACUUUGAGCUCCUAGGAUUAUAAAUCAGUGAGCCACAUUCUAUCAUGACUGCUUGAAUAUUGACUGUCUUUGACUGCUAUUCUGGCCUGCUUCAUUUCCCAGGAACUCAGCCUACACGUUUAUUUCUUCAAUCCAUUUCUUCAGACAAGUCCUGAUUUUUUUAUUUUUUUUCAUUCUCCACCUUCACUUUCACAAGAGACUGCAUUGGAAUCUGCACCAUUGGAGGGAGACUGGAUAUUUCUUUUUGCUUCUUCUGACUCUCAGCAGAAACGGCAAGAGUUAAUGCUGGGCUGAAUCGCUGCCCUUGGCAUCCUCCACCAGAGUCCUGAUUGGGAAGGGCUCUGCUUCUGCCCCUCGUGGACUUUGACAAGGAGCAGAACUUUUACCUACUAAAGGCUAAAGGCUCUUAAACAGAGAAGGGACUUGCUGUUGCUUUGAGCCCGCAGUUUGCUCAAGUUAUCUCCAUAAGCUUAUCUUCGGAAAAGGCUUUCAGCCUACAAUGUGGUGCUACCUUCUACUCAUCAGCGUGAUUUGGGCUGUGGUCUGGUUCUUCCGUGACCAGCAGAUUUUGAGCAACUUCAAAGACAAGUAUGUUUUCAUCACGGGUUGUGACACGGGGUUUGGAAACAUGCUAGCCAAGAAACUUGACAAGAAGGGUUUCCACGUGCUGGCGGGCUGCUUGACUCAGAAAGGAGCUGAUAACUUGGACCGCACCAGCUCGCCAAACCUGCGCACCACCCUGAUCGAUGUUACCAGCUCCGAAAGCAUCUCCAAAGCAGUGGAAUGGGUGAAAGCUGAAGUGGGUCGAAAAGGACUCUUUGGUCUGGUGAACAAUGCAGGUUUAGGCAGCUCUAUUGGCCCCACGGAAUGGAUGACCGUGGAAGACUACCGCAAAGUCAUGUCUGUCAACACUUUUGGAAUGAUCGAGGUAUCGUUGGCCUUCCUGCCGUUGCUCAAGCAAGCACGUGGCCGAGUAGUCAAUGUUUCCAGCGUCCUGGGGCGGGUUUCAGCCAAUGGUGGUGGCUACUGCGUUUCCAAAUAUACAGUGGAGGCCUUCUCUGACAGCCUCAGGAGAGACAUGUAUCAUUUUGGGGUAAAAGUCUCCAUUGUAGAGCCAGGCUUUUUCAAAACAGCCAUGACUAAUCUUGAAACGGUAGAGGCCGCUCUGAGGCACUACUGGGACCGAAUGACCCCCGAAGUCCAGCAGAGCUAUGGUGAAAGUUUCUUUCGCAAUUAUUUGAAAAUCCAGAAGUUCAUCAUGAACCUCAUCUGUGAUUCUGAUCUCAGCAAAGUGACAAACUGCAUGGAGCAUGCCCUUCAAGCUAAGCACCCUCGCUCUCGUUACAGCGCAGGAUGGGAUGCUAAGUUUCUGUGGCUGCCAAUCUCUUAUCUACCUUCCUUUUUGGUAGAUAUUUCCCUGUCUAUCAUCUUACCAAAGCCAGCUCAGCGGAUGCACUAAAAGCUGCUCCAUUAUGAUCAAGCUUGAGGCCUAAAUGUUGACAGAUCACACUCCUGAAAACCAGUAAUAAAUAAAAGGAUUAUUCAAAGAGUUGUUGUCUCGCCAGCUCUGGCUUCACAGGAUGGUAUGGAAACAUUUCCAUAUUGUAAGCUA